AGUACUAUUUGAGUAGGGCGUGCCCGUCUGGAAAUCACGUAGUAAGUGUGUGUGUCCUGACAGCAACAACGGACAGGCUUAAACAAAUGCGCUUCAGAAGUUUUGCAUUGAAACAUAUUACAUCACAGUGUGUGCUAAAUAAGCAGUAGCAUUGCAAAUUAUUAUUUCGUUACCAAGAGAAUGGGACGGAAGGUCACUCUUGCAACGUGUUCAUUGGAUCAGUGGGCUUUGGACUUUGACGGCAACUUUGAGAGAAUAUUGAAAAGUAUUGAGAUUGCAAAGGAAAAUGGAGCCAAAUAUAGAUUGGGCCCAGAGCUGGAAAUCUGUGGGUAUGGUUGUGCAGACCACUUUCAUGAAUCGGAUACAUUGCUACACUGCUUUGAAGUUCUCAAGAAGCUUCUAGAAACUCCCAUCACUUUGGACAUUAUCUGUGAUGUGGGAAUGCCCGUCAUGCAUCGCAACGUACGCUACAACUGCCGGGUGAUUUUUCUCAACAGACAAAUCCUACUUAUCCGCCCAAAAAUGCUGAUGGCCAACCAUGGCAUCUACAGAGAGGUGCGCUGGUUCUCACCCUGGACAAAGUCUCGGACAGUAGAGGAAUACUUCCUACCAAGAAUGAUCCAACAGGUCACAGGGCAGGACACGGUCCCAUUUGGAGACUGUGUGCUCUCCACCAUGGAUACCUGUAUUGGUACAGAGAUGUGCGAAGAGUUAUGGCACCCCAUUAGUCCUCAUAGUCAGAUGGGUCUUGAUGGUGUUGAAAUCUUCACAAAUUCCUCUGCAAGCCACCAUGAGCUGCGUAAAGCAGACCAAAGGCUCAGCUUGAUCAAGUCAGCCACCACCAAGAGUGGAGGGAUCUACCUGUAUGCAAAUCAGAAGGGGUGUGAUGGAGACCGACUGUAUUACGAUGCUUGUGCCAUGGUGGCCGUCAACGGGGACAUAGUGGCACAUGGAGCACAGUUUUCCUUGAAUGACGUGGAGGUGAUAACAGCCACCUUGGACCUGGAGGAUGUCCGCUGCUAUAGAGGAGAGUCAUGUCAGCUGCAGAUGGGAAGUGAAUGCAAACCAUGUUAUAGGAUCAAAGUAGACUUUUCUUUAUCCAGUAAUGAUGACAUCUGCCUUCCCACCUACCAACCGAUAACAUGGCACUUGCAUACACCAGAGGAAGAAAUCAGCCUCGGGCCAGCCUGCUGGCUAUGGGACUACCUAAGGAGGAGUGGACAGGCUGGCUUUCUGUUGCCUUUGAGUGGAGGUGUUGAUAGCUCCUCUGUUGCCUGUAUUGUGUACUCGAUGUGUGUACUGGUCUGCCAGGCUGUAGAAAAUGGCAAUAACCAGGUCAUAGAAGAUGUCCGCAGGUUAGUCGGGGAUGACGCCUACCUUCCUCAGCAGCCAAGGGAGCUCUGUGGUCGUAUCUUUACAACUUGCUACAUGGCCAGUGAAAACUCAUCAGCGGACACUUGCAACCGAGCCAAAGAGUUGGCCAGUCAGAUUGGGAGCACACAUAUGGACAUAAAUAUAGACAUGGCAGUAAAAGGCAUUCUGGGGAUCUUCUCACUGGUUACUGGGAUGUGGCCUCAAUUCCGUGCCAGUGGAGGAAGCCACAGGGAAAACUUGGCGCUGCAGAAUGUGCAGGCGAGAGUAAGGAUGGUUCUGGCGUACUUGUUUGCCCAAAUGAGUCUUUGGACUCGAGGAAAACCAGGUGGCUUGCUGGUUCUGGGCUCAGCCAAUGUAGAUGAGAGUCUGACAGGUUAUUUUACAAAGUAUGACUGCUCCAGUGCUGACAUCAACCCAAUUGGAGGGAUUAGCAAAAAUGACCUGAAGGGUUUCCUACUGUAUUGUGCUGAGCAAUUCCAUCUCACCGCACUGAGAAGCAUCUUAGCUGCUCCACCCACAGCUGAACUCGAGCCUCUGACUGAUGGACAGGUGUCGCAGACAGAUGAGGCUGACAUGGGGAUGACCUACUCUGAGUUAUCGGUCAUUGGACGACUACGCAAGAUCUCUAAAUGUGGACCUUUUAGUAUGUUCUGUAAACUCAUUCACUUGUGGAAGGAUGUGCUGUCACCCGCAGAGGUUGCACAAAAGGUGAAGCACUUCUUCAGGAUGUACUCGAUGAACCGCCAUAAGAUGACAACAGCCACGCCAUCCUACCAUGCUGAGAGCUAUAGCCCCGAUGACAACCGGUUUGACCUCCGACCAUUUCUCUACAACACACGCUGGAACUGGCAGUUUCGGUCUAUUGACAGUCAUGUAGCAAACAUAGUAUAACGAAUAAGAACCCGAUUGCCUGUAACAUAAUGUCUUUGGAUGCCAUUAUGAUUUGACUGUCACAGAUGUCAGUAAAAAUAUCAAAAUACUAAGAUGUUCAAUGUCCAGUUACUACAUGUACAGGUCAAAAGAUCACACAUUUGUUGGUUUGGUUUGUCGUAAAAUCUAAGCAGAGUACAACAUGAUGAAUACAUAUUUAAGCAACUGUAUCAACAUUUUCUUUUGUUGUAUAGUAUUGUAACCAAUGCCAUUAAA